GAGACGAGAUCUGAAUGAAUUGUUCACCUUGCUCCCGUCGCCUCCCCCGGACUGUUGGAUGUGUUUUAUAUCCCGGCGGCUGAAGAACGCGUUGCCAGCAGGUCUGUCGGCUCGGCGGUGGAUCCGGGGUCACCGGGAACAGGGAGCUGCACAUGUCGAAGAAACGAAAAAGUCCUGAUGACCGGGGCGAGCACGAGUCUCUGCCGGCAGGAGGCAGCGAGCAAGAUGACACAUCAGCUAAAGACGUCAGCAGGCAGUACCAGGACACGAACAUGCAGGGCGUGGUGUACGAACUAAACAGCUCCAUGGAGCAGAGGCUGGACACUGGAGGAGACAACAAACUGCUGCUCUAUGAGUUGUCCAACAUCAUCAAAACAGCAACAAAAGCUGAUAGUUUUGCACUUUACUUCUUGGGAGAAUGCAACAAUAGUUUAUGUUUAUUCACUCCAACGGGGCCCAAAGAUGGCCAUCCAAACCUCGUCCCCUCCGGCCCCAUCGCAUAUGGGACGACCAUUGCCGCUUAUGUUGCCAAGACUCGCAAAACAGUGCUGGUGGAGGACAUCAUGGGGGACGAGCGGUUUCCCGACGGCACAGGGCAGGACUCAGGGAUCCAUGUUCACUCUGUCCUGUGCCUCCCCAUCGUCACUGCCAUCGGAGACCUCAUCGCCAUCUUGGAGCUGCAUCGGCACUGGGGCAAAGAACCCUUCAACCUCAGUCAUCAAGAGGUUGCAACAGCAAACUUAGCGUGGGCAUCUGUUGCCAUUCAUCAAGUACAGACGUGCAGAGGCCUUGCCAAACAGACUGAGCUCAAUGACUUCCUACUAGACGUGUCAAAAACAUACUUUGAUAAUAUUGUGGCAAUAGAUUCUCUACUUGAACAUAUUAUGAUAUAUGCAAAAAACCUGGUGAAUGCAGACAGGUGUGCACUCUUCCAGGUAGAUCACAGCAACAAAGAACUGUACUCUGACCUGUUCGACAUCGGGGAGGAGAAGGAAGGCAAACCUGUCUUUAGGAAAACGAAAGAAAUAAGGUUUUCUAUAGACAAAGGAAUAGCUGGUCAAGUAGCUCGGACAGGUGAAGUCUUAAAUAUCCCAGAUGCCUAUGCAGAUCCACGGUUUAACCGAGAGGUAGACCUCAAAACUGGCUACACCACGCGGAACAUCCUGUGCAUGCCCAUUGUGAGCAGGGGGACCGUUAUAGGUGUGGUGCAGAUGGUGAACAAGUUAAGCGGAAGUGCCUUCACUAAAACAGAUGAGAACAACUUUAAGAUGUUUGCUGUCUUUUGUGCUCUGGCCUUACACUGUGCAAAUAUGUACCACAGGAUCCGGCACUCUGAAUGCAUUUACAGAGUGACGAUGGAAAAACUGUCUUAUCACAGCAUCUGCACGUCAGAAGAGUGGAAGACUCUUACCCAGCUCAACCUCCCUGAACCCAUUUAUAAAGAAAUAGAAACGUUUCAGUUUGACAUCAGUCCCUUUGAGGAGAUCUGGCCSGCUGUUUUUAUCUACAUGGUUCAUAACUCCUGUGGAAAGAACAGCUUUGAGCUGGAGAAGUUGUGUAGGUUCACCAUGUCCGUACGGAAGAACUACCGCCGUGUGCCGUACCACAACUGGAAGCACGCGGUGACGGUGGUGCACUGUAUGUACGCCAUCCUCCAGAAGACAACCGGGACCUUCACAGAGCUGGAGAAGAAGGGCUUGUUGAUAGCCUGUCUGUGCCAUGACCUGGAUCAUCGAGGUUACAGCAACACAUACCUGCAGAAGUUUGACCACCCRCUGGCUGCUCUGUACUCCACCUCCACCAUGGAGCAGCACCACUUCUCCCAGACUGUCUCCAUCCUGCAGCUGGAAGGGCACAAUAUUUUCUCCAACCUGAAUUCCAGCGAGUACGAGCAGGUGCUGGAKAUCAUCCGGAAGGCCAUCAUCGCCACCGACCUCGCCCUGUACUUCAACAACCACCAGCAGCUGACGGAGCUUCUGACGGGGGGCUCGCUCGACUUCAACAACCACUCGCACAGGGACCGUGUGAUUGGUCUGAUGAUGACAGCAUGUGACCUGUGUUCUGUUACCAAGCGGUGGCAAGUCACACGRCUCAUAGCUAACGACAUCUAUGCCGAGUUCUGGGCUGAGGGGGAUGAGAUGAAGAAAAUUGGAAUUCAGCCGAUCCCGAUGAUGGACAGAGACAAGAAGGAUGAGGUUCCUCAAGGCCAAGUGGGCUUCUACAACUCUGUUGCAAUCCCAUGCUUCUCGACUUUAUCAGAGCUUUUCCCUCCAUCUAGUGCUCUUCUGAAAGCCUGCAAGGAGAACCUGGGUCACUGGGAGCAGAUCGCGCGAGGAGAGGAGGAGGACAUCAUGCCCAGCCGGCCCCCCGAUUCAGGUCCUGUCAAAGUGGAUAACUGACUACCAAAGGGGUCCGCCGGCACAGCAAAGAAACCCAAACUGAAUCCUGCCUGAGACUUGGACAGGAGGGGGAGGGACGCAGCAUCCCGCGUCAGCAGGAGCUCCAUGCGCUCAAAGAGACUUUGAAAACACACGGUUACCUCAUCGGGUGACGGAGGUGUCAACACUGACGGUUUCACCAAUCCCAGAGACUGACAGAUAAUCUGUGGAGGCGGGUCUUCGGCCCAUCGCCCUGCGUCCUCUCAGCUUGGGAGUUUAUUUGGUAGAAUGACCUUGUCAUUUCACCUUUUUGUGUUUUGACUGUUUUUAUUAUUAUUAUUAUUAUUUGAACUGAUUAUGGUCUUGUAUUUGCAGAGGCCUUACUCUGAACCUUUAACAGAUAUGUGAAGUUCUUUCAGUUCAGGCUCUUUUGAAGUGGUACUGUUUGCCUUUUGUUUUAAGUUUAUCAGACGCGCACUGUUUCAGAAAGGUAUUCCCAGAGACGGAAGGAAUGUGUAGAGCAGUUUUAUCGCAUAGCGGCACCUUAUCGAACAGGUGGACUUUAGAAUAUUUAAAAAAUAUUAUAAUUUUUUUUUUUUUGCAAAUAUUCUUUGUCGUACUUGAAGAAAUACAUACAGCCUAUUCUAUGUGAAGAUUGCAGAAAUCCCCCUGGAAACAUGGCUGAACUGUGAUGAGAGGAGAGAAAACGYCGACACUUGUGGAGACGGUCACAAGAGAGUCACGUUGUUGUAAGUCUGAGGUGGAUCCUGCAGCAACCCCCCCGCUCCUGAACAUUUACAAACCUGCUGCAUCGACACGUUUUUCGCUCAACAGGAUGUUUUCAUUUUCAAGCCAAGGCUUCGUUUCCACUCAUUUUCCAGCAUCAUGAAUUAUUUCACACAACGAAGUAGAUAAACUGUGACGGUAAGAAGAAUUAGCAGCUCAUAUGUGUGCAGUGUCGGUUUUUAAUAAGCAACAUUAACGUCACUUGAAGCAGUAGUUCAGAUAUUUUGAAGUGGGGGUUCUGCGGAAGGGGCUAUGAACAAUGAAUAUCUUACCUGUUGCAGAUAACUUUUUAAAUGACCAGAAAGAAAUUGUUUAUUUCAACCUAACAGCUAAUCCAAGCUGAAGCAAAACCAAAGUAGAUUGCUAAAAUCCUAACUCCAGUUACAAACAAAUUUUAAGUAAACACUAAUUUAUAAACUUUUACUUUGAAAUCCAUGAAUAUUCUCUGCAGCAAGAAAUACGUAUGUGGAUAAAGUGUUGAUAUCCUCCUACAAUAGCCAAAAAGCUCAUUGAAGCUUGUCAACAUGCAUUCUGGCAAAUUUCAAUCUGUUUUUUUAUUUAUUUUUUAUUUAUUGUUUUGUUUUUAAAUGUCUGUUUUUCUGUAGUGGAGCUCUUUUGGUCUCCUAUAGAGCUCAUUAUGAUUCAAAAUGUAACAUAAGAAGUGAUCAGAAAGUGAAAAACCUUGACUUUUGAUUUCAGUUUGAAUGGUUUUGGUGUUUCCUCUGCUCUUUUUUUCCCCCCACCCCCCUUGUCUGAUUAACCUGGGGUUGCAUUUCUUGCGACCACAUCCUGGUUGGUUGGCUUUAGAAUGAACCUUGUACACAAAGCUGCCAAUAUUAUCCAUAGCAGCUUGGAGAUGAUUUUGUAGUCUUUACCUUCAACAUGAAUAUUUAUAAUCUCCUCUCUCAGCUCCUCAGACUCUGCUCCACGUACAGUGUGGUGCACAAAAAAAACAUUGAAAUCAACUGAAUUGAUAAGAUUAAUUAUCUCUUUGAGAGUCUAAACAAGUCUGUUCAAACUAUUUUUGUAUAUUUUAUAAAACAAGAAAUAAUUUAUUUUCACAUGUUGCAUACAGAUUUACAUUGUUUUAGAGUAAACCUAAAGGUGCUGUAAAAGAUUAUAAAAUUGAUUUUAUGAA